AUGCAUCACACGCCGCCUCCCAAGCAGGACAAGAAAAAGGACGCGGGGAAGUCCAAGAAGGACAAGGACCCAGUCAACAAGUCUGGAGGCAAGGCCAAGAAGAAGAAGUGGUCCAAGGGAAAGGUGAGGGACAAGCUCAAUAACCUGGUCCUCUUCGACAAGGCAACCUACGAGAAGUUGUACAAAGAAGUCCCCAACUACAAGCUCAUCACACCUGCUGUAGUGUCCGAGAGGCUGAAGAUCCGUGGUUCUCUGGCAAGGAAUGCCCUCCAAGAGCUGCUAACUAAAGGCAUGAUCAAGCUGAGGUCGCUGCUGCUGAGAAGGCAUAAGCAGGAUUUCUUGCAAUGGGCCAUUUACUCUCAGAACAAGUUGGAUCUAACCCGCUCUGGGACGCUCACCUGCAUGUGUUAUGACUGCCCACUCUCCUCAUGUUGUAUCUCCGCUGUUAUCUCCUGCUGCCACAUUCAGACACCGCUGUAUGUCUCUGUGGAGGAUCAUGGAACAGCGCCCUCUGGUGGCGCUCGGGCGGAGUGCGUGGAGCAACGGCAGCAGAUGGUGCAGGAGCAGUACAUCACCUCUGGCCCGGGCCUGGCGCCCCCCAGGAUAGGGCCGGACCACCUGUACACGGUGGGCAUCUACGGCUGGAGGAAGCGCUGCCUCUACCUGUUUGUGCUGCUGCUCAUCGUCGUCAUGGUGAUCAACAUGGCGCUCACCGUGUGGCUGCUGCGGGUCAUGUGGUUCAACCCGUCUGGAAUGGGCCUCCUCCAAGUCCACUCCGAGGGCGUCAGGCUGGAGGACGGGGAGUCGGAGUUUCUGUUCCCAGUCUACGCCAAUGAAAUCCACUCCAGAGAGGAUGAAGCUCUGGUCGCACGUUCGACUGAAGGCGUCUCCCUCAACGCUCGCAACGAAGACGGGGACGUGGCGGGAAGGACAUCUGUGGGGCCGCAGGAGGCGCGGGGACAGGCCCAGAGCUUCGUCGUCCACUCGCUCUCUGACAACAUGUUGUUCAGCGCAGAUUCUCAGCAGACGGUGAUUGGACCAGACAAGCUGCGAGUCACAGGUCCUGAAGGCGCUCUGUUCCAACACUCGGUGGAGGUGCCGCUGCUGCGCUCGGAGCCGCUCAAGGACCUCAGGCUGGAGUCUCCCACCCGCUCCCUGAGUCUGGAUGCUCCCAAAGGGGUCCACCUCAAAGCCCAGGCCGGGAACAUCGAAGCAGCCUCCAACAUGGACCUGCUGCUGGAGUCCACUCUGGGGCUGCUGGUCCUGGACGCAGAGACGGUGCGCAUGCCCAGUCUGCCCCUGAGCUCUGGGGGGAUGUCGGGGAACGCACAGGGGCUGUUCGAAGUGUGCGUCUGUCCCAGCGGGAAACUGUUCCUGUCCAAGGCCGGGGUCACAUCCACCUGCAGCGACCAACAGGACUGCUGA